AUGUGGUGUAACUUAUGCGAUCCAUCCUGACACUGAAUCGAAUAACUUCUGUUUUCAGCCCUGGAGAGGAAGGUCGCCGACAUGUUGGGUUUUGAGUCGGCGCUAUAUGUGCCCUCGGGCACCAUGGCUAAUCUCAUAUCCAUAAUGUGUCACUGCACGGCCAGAGACAGCGAGAUCAUCGUGGGAGACAAGUGUCACAUCCAUCUGUAUGAGCAGGGCGGCUGCGCCACUGUUGCCGGGGUGCACCCGCGAGUGAUGCCUAACCGACCCGACGGCACCAUCGACCCGGACCUGCUGCGCGCCAAGGUGCGCUCCGAGGACGUCCACUACCCGGUCACGAAGCUCAUCUGCCUGGAGAACACGCACAACUACUGCGGCGGCAAGGUGCUACCGCUGGACUACCUGGAUCAGGUGGUGGCUCUGGCGAAGGAGGUGGGAGUACCUCUGCACAUGGACGGCGCCCGACUACCCAACGCUGCCGCCGCACUGGGUGUGCCGAUGUCGCGGAUUCUCCGCGGAUUUGCUUCCAGCACGCUGUGCCUGAGCAAGUCGCUGUCGGCUCCGGUGGGCUCGCUGAUCGUCGGCUCAGCGCAGUUCAUCAAGCAGGCGCGCCGAACCCGGAAGGUGCUGGGCGGUGGUAUGCGCCAGGUGGGCGUGCUGGCCGCCGCUGGUCUUCUGGCCGUGGACGUCAUGUGUGACCGGCUGGUUGACGACCACCAGCGGGCCCGGAGGCUGGCCGAAGGACUUAGCGUCAAGAACUACACCUUCAGCAUGCUUCUCGACAUAAAAGCCAUCAACAGCUGCGGGAAGCCCGGCGCCUCCGUGGACCUGGAGAACCUGCACAGCAACAUUCUGCUGCUGGACCUGGACCCGAACGUUAUGCUGCCCGACCAGUUCUGCCAGAGGAUGCAGGAGGCGCCGCCGGAGGAGAUCCAGGCGCUGGGGGAGCCGGUGGCGGUGCACAUGUUCCCCAUGUCCUCCUCCAACGUGCGCAUGGUGCUGCACGCCGACGUAAGCGACGCAGACGUGACGAAAGUGGCGCAGAAGCUGGUGUUCGUCAUCCGAGGUCUGAGUGGGAGCCGCCAGACGCCGACGGGCACGCGCCUGCAGCGGGGCGUCAGUGUCAUCGUGGAGUAGCCGCGGCCCGCAGUAGAGGCCUCCGUAGUGGAUAGCUGUGCACGGAAUGCGUGAUGGACGCCAUAGACCUGACGGAUACACUCAAGUGAUCACUGGCCAACAUAUAUCACAUCCGAAAUGGCUCAAACGACCGAACUUAACCCAAAUGUCAAUUUCAUGGAUGAGAUGUAAUAAAAAAUGAA